AUGUCCAGUCCUGAUGCCGACGAGGUGUUGCUUGCCUACAUUGCAGUAGCCUCUCAUGCAGUGAGCUUAGUGCUAAUCCGAGAAGAGAAUGGCAUGCAACGACCCGUUUACUACAUGAGCAAAUCACUGCACGAGGCAGAGACUCGUUAUCUCCCCAUCGAAAAAGCCAUCUUGGCCAUCAUACAAGCCACGGGAAAGCUCCCCCACUAUUUCCAGGCACACACUGUAGUUGUGCUAACUCAACUUCCGUUGAGAUCCAUUCUCCGCGGCACUGACUACACAGGCAGAAUUGCAAAAUGGGGAACGAUUUUGGGCGCCUUCGACAUUUGGUACAUGCCUCGCACCGCUGUGAAAGGUCAGCAAGAACACAAUUGGUGGAAAGCACACAUCGACGGUGCAGCCAACCAAAGGGGCUUAGUGGUGGGGCUCGUUCUGGUCUCCCCCGAAGGGAUAACCAUCGAAAAAUCGUUGAGGCUUGGAUUCUCCACCACGAAUAACGAAGCCGAGUAUGAGGCAUUAUUGGAAGGAAUGUCAAUGAUCCGAAAACUGGGUGGAAAAUUCGUGAACAUGUUCUCAGAUUCGAGACUCAUCGUGGGACAAGUAAAUGGGGAGCUGGAGGCGAAGGAUGAAAGAAUGCAAGAGUAUCUCGUCCAAGUUAAGUACCUACAGACCCAUUUCUAUCACUUCCAUCUGGUGCAUGUAUCCAGGAGCAAGAACACCCAUGCUGAUUCUGUUGCGAUGCUCACCACCUCCUCGGCUCAGCCACUUCCUCGGGUUAUUUUAGUAGAAGAUCUCUACCGUCCAACAACAGAGAAGGCCAAUGGAAUACGGGUCCACAACAUCAGGGCUGGACCUAGCUGGAUGGAUCCUCUGGUGCUAUUCUUAAAGCAACCAGACGAUAAGAAUGAGGCCGACAAGAUCAGGAGGAAAGCUUCUCGAUUUUGGUUCUCCGAGGACUCCAAACUAUACAGGCGCUCGUUCUCAGGGCCAUACUUGCUGUGUGUGCACCUAGAGGCUACUGAACUCAUCUUGGAGGAGUUACACGAAGGAAUUUGCGGAAGUCAUACGGGGGGUAGGUCCCUAUCCCAUAGGGCCAUAACGUUGGGUUACUGGUGGUCGAGCAUGCAUAAAGAGGUGCAGGAAUAUGUGCAGAAAUGCGACCAGUGCCAAAGGUUCGGGACCCCCCACACACUGAUCUCGGACAACGGCCUCCAGUUUGACAGCAAAGCCUUCAGAAGAUACUGUAACGAGCUGGAAAUUACCAACAGAUACUCCACGCCGGCUUACCCACAGGGUAAUGGACAGGCGGAAGCCGUUAACAAAACUAUAGUGAAUGGGCUGAAAAAGAGGUUAGACGACGUGAAAAGUAGGUGGGUUGAAGAGUUAGCCCAUGUCUUGUGGACAUACCGCACCACACCUCGUAGGUCCACGGGAGAAACCCCCUUUUCGAUGACCUACGGAGCCGAGGCUGUCAUUCCACUGAAGAUAAACUUCCCAACACAGAGGAUCACGACCUUCUGCCCCAUUGCCAACAACGGACUUCUGGAAAAAAGCUUGGACCUCAUCGAAGAAAGAAGGGAAAGUGCAAUGGUCCACCUAGCAUACUAUCAGCAAAAGCUUAAGCAAGGUUACGAUGCCAAGGUGAAGCUAAGGCCCUUGGCGCUUGGGGAUCUGGUAUUGAGGAAGGUCCUGGGUACUGCGAGAAACCUCGCGUGGGGAAAACUCGGACCAAAUUGGGAAGGCCCAUAUCGUAUCACCUCCAUAGCCGGCAUAGGAGCCUACUUUUUGGAAGAUUUGGAUAAACAUGUAGUGCCCCGCCUUUGGAAUGUAAAUAACCUGAAAAUGUACUAUUAUUAA